AUGGGGCUUUAUCAGCCAGCAAAAAAGCUUCAGAUGGCAAGAAAUGAUCUUCAACAUCUUAUCCUCCGUCCAGGAGAACUUCACGUCGUAAUGACUCAAUUUUGCACCAUUGGAGCAUUUAUCGAAGACAGCGGUCUCGACCUUUGCUGGAUUGAAGCUGAUAUCUACGGCCCUGGGACAGUGAAACAGAUACUCGAUGGGAACCAUGUCAAGAGAGGUGAAGUAGCCCAUACUGUAACUCUUGAAGCAUUAUUUGCGCUAUACCAGAAGGCAUUCUUUGAGAGCUCGCAAGAAGAUACGAAGGAUAUUGCAGAUCUCUCAAGAGAGGUUGCUGACGCGUGCAAACAAGCAGCGAAUAUUGAACUGAAGGAAGCAAACACUAAGCUGAUGAGUGCCAUUGAGAACCAACGUCUCUUAGAGAAGAUGGCAGAAUUUGACGCAAAGCGAGGUCAGCACCCGUUGUUCAAGGUGACAAGACAGUAUAUGCGCAUGGUAAUGGAGAUGCUUCAAUUUAUCAGGGCAGUACGUAUGGGUGACUGGAAACUACACCUUCAAGCCCUGCAGAUCUUCACCAAAUACUUCUUCGCGCAAGAUGUCUACGCUGAGUUCCUUUCAGGAAACUGGGUUGUAAACAAAAACACCAACAUACCAUUCUGUGCACUUGGUGCAGAUCAUGCGCUCGAACAUGUCAAUCGUUCGAUGAAAGUACACGGAGGGCUGGUAGGAAUCACACUUAACCAAACUGCACGAAACAAGUUUUUUCUCACUGCUCCAGAAAUGGCAAAUCUUUCAGGGCAAGCAAAGGAUAUGGCAGGAGUAGCUCCUAAGAUCCAAACGCAACAUCACAACCACACGCCAGCUGUACUUUCCCGAGAAGACAAGAACAUCAAAGCGUUGAUGGAGACCAUUGAGGCCUUCACCAACCCUUUUGCUGAUGAAAGCUCUGAUCUCUUCAACCUUGUUACCAAAGUGGUAUUGCCUGAUAACAUCAAGGCAGACCUGUGCAGUCAAGCUGUUAUAGGACAGGCGUUGUUUGAUACAUUUGUCAAAGAACGCAUUCAAUCUGAGAAGGUAAACAUCUGGUCUACAAUGAACAAACGUAAGCUUUCCACGUGGAAAACCAAUGCAAAGAAGAUGAAAGUGUCGACAAAGGAGACGGUGGUGGAGCUGCAGGAAGACCGGUCCCUGUUUGCCAGGAUGAUGAUGGUAUGCAGAAGUCGCCCAGGUAUUAACGUCCAGGAGACUAUAGGAAUGUAUGAGUUUGCAUUAGUGCCCAGGUCAAUGUUUGCAGCAGAUGGAUCCAUGCUGCGUUGCUCUGCUAAAAGUGCGCUUAUGGCCAUAUUAGAGAAGCUCCCAUCCAGAUCAGCCGAUCAGAGAAGCAUUAGUGACGGCACAACAACAAAUGCAGCUCAGUCGCAUUUGAAGAAGUAUGGCAGGAAGGAUGAAAUUCGCCUGAUUUUUGAUCGGUAUGACUUACCCAUGUCGUGAAAAGAAGCCACCAGAGAGAAAAAGCAAGGAGGACAGGAUCCCAUCUAUUAUCGAAUCACAGAUUCCACCAACAUCUCAAGAGUUUCGAUGAAGAAGCUUCUGUCGCAUACGAAGACGAAGAUGGAACUCACCACCUACCUCGCAGAGAAAGCAUUCAGGCACUUCAGGGGACAGAGUGGUCGGCGAUUUCUUGUUGCAUGGGGCAGUGAAUGUUGGACAUCUUCAGAGCAACCAAGAAGAUCGAUCACAUGA